GCACUCUGCCGUUCCGGUGACUUGUUGACUUGUUGAGCUUCCGUUCAACAGUUACUGCUUGCCAUGCCCCUGUCAUGGCCAUUGACCACUCGGAGGUUCUGGCCUACCCAGGAGGACAUCCAGAACUGCAGCCUGAAAAGGUUGAUGAUACUAUGAUCCUCAGGUGUCUUGACAAGCUCCAAAGAUGGGAUGCUGCCAGAUUCGAGGUCGUUGCAACAUUACAGAGUUGCCCACGAAACGCUGGGCACGUACGGCUGGUGCAGGACCGUUCGAACGGCCGACGGCUAGCAGUCAAGCGAAUGCCACUCACGUGGGUGUGCCAGGAUGCAGAGUCUUUCGCUUUGGCCAAUCCAACCGAGACCGAGGUUCCGUGGAUGGACAUGGCUGCUACGAGGUGGCUUAAUCUCGUUGGCUUCCAGCACUGCGUAGACUUUGCCGGUGUUUUCCUUGAUGACGACUACAUCUCCUUUGUCAUGGGGCUUGCGGAGGGUGGUGACCUUUUUUCCUUUGUCGACGCUAUGGGUCUACCAGAUCCUGGUCCUGCUCUUGAAGAAGCGCUACAGCCCAUUGCAGUGGAAUUCCUGCUGGCGGUGGCUCGUCUUCAUCGGCUUGGCCUGGCUCACAGAGACCUCUCCCUGGAGAACGUGCUCUUGGCAAGCAAGAAGGGUGGACCGGUGUACUUGAUAGACUACAGCAUGGCUACAACUAUGAGAUAUCAGUCAGGUCCAGCUUGUGGAAAGGCCUCCUACAUAGCACCGGAGAUGCACCUGGGCAACGGCUAUGAUGCCUUCCAGGCUGACGCAUUUUCGUGCGGGGUCAUUCUCUAUGCCUUGUUUGCCAAGGACUAUCCAUGGAUAUCAACACGCAUUGGUGCUUGCAAGUGCUUCGAGUAUGUGCGCAGUCACGGCUUUUUGAAGUACAUGACCAAGCGCCGUAUACUUGUUGGUGAAGACAAGAAGCCGGUGGACCAGGUGAUGUCGCCAUCGUUUGCCAGACUUCUGGCUGGCUUGCUGCAAUUGACACCGGAGGACCGCUUGGCUCUUUUGGAGGACCAGCCAGGCCCUUGCGGCGGCAGCAUAUGGGCUCAGCCGUGGCUGAUGAAGGCCAUGGAGGCGAGCCCAGAGCUACUCGCUGGAAGAGAGGAGCCAAUGACGUGAGACAGUUUCGCCGCAGUUUUUCGGAGAGUGAAACCACCAAAAGUUCCAGUGCGGUAACUCUCCUAACUCUCUAGGUGGAAGGGCCAAGAAAAGGCUGUCCAGCCUGAAGCUUGGUGCUCCAGCCAUUCGGCCAUUCGGCCGAUGGCAAGUUCCACGGUUCCAUUCGACCCGUCCACGGGCAACUUCCGAAGGAAAGGGCAUUGUGGCCAGCUCGAUGAUUGUUGUGAGGU